UCACUGUCGACCAACAUGAACAGCACAGAGAAGCUGAAAAUUUUGCUCGUCUGCGGCCUGGUGCUGUCCGUGGCAGCCGAAGAGGCGAAGAAGUCUGCGCAACCGGCGAGCGCCCAACCGAACGAGUCGAAAACGAAACGCGGCUUGGAGCUGAGCCUGGGUGAUCACGGAGGUUUCGGAGGAGGUUUCGGAGGUGGUUAUGGAGGUGGUUUAGGCGGCGGAUUCGGUGGCGGUCAUGAGAGCAUAUCUGCGGAACACGUGAAGGCGAUCACGGUCACGAAGACGGUCCAUGUGCCGGAGCCGUAUCCGGUCGAGGUUGAGAAGCACGUGCCCUAUCCCGUGAAGGUGCCGAUCAAAGUGCCGAUCGACAAGCCGUACCCCGUUCACGUGCCACAGCCGUAUCCAGUCACCGUAGAGAAACCGUACCCGGUUACCGUAGAGAAGCCAGUGCCUUACCCCGUCAAGGUUCCCAUCAAGGUGCCGGUAAAGGUGCCUUACCCAGUUAAGGUGCCAAUCAAGGUACCGAUCUCGGUGGCGAAGCCGGUCCCCUACCCUGUUAAAGUGCCGGUGGUGGUGAAGGAGGCAGUGCCAAUCUACGUGAAGGAGCACGGCGGCGGCGGAUUCGGCGGCGGAUUCGGCGGUGGUUACGGUGGAGGAUUCGGCGGACACGAGCUCGGCGGUCUAGAGCAUCACUACUGAGGCUGAGGGAGCAACCGAAUCCCGCCUCGACGAGGUUGGAAGUCUUUGACCUUCCGCGUCGUGUAUCGUUCGACGAUUACCGGCGGCACGUAACAGCUGAUUUCGCGAAACCGGUUCCACCAGAGCACGAACGGCAGGCCGAUCGACCCGGCCGAUCCGGAGCUGAACGUGCC